CGUCGCGUUCCAGAGCGGCCGAUCGCUCCGCACCGUGGUCCGCGAUAGUGUCGCGAUAGAUAUCGUGCGAUCCACGCGAUCGUUCGAACGCACCGGGCGCACGCGGACCGAACGAUCCACCGGGGUGAGCGCGCGCGCGCGCCACCGCGAGGCUACAUCGAUCUUCCUCGGCUUCCUGUGAGUGAGAUAGAUCAACGGCGAACCCGCGACCGGGAUAUCGAGAUCCGCGGUCACCAUGACGUAGUCGUGGGACCCGGUGUUGGGAGUUCGCGGUCGGUCCCGUAAUUCCGGGCUUUGGUUCGGGUUUUACGCAAGUGAAAUCGUAUCCGCGAUAGCUGACACACGAGUGCCGGGAUACGAGUCGGUUUCAGCGCCGCGGCCAACGCACGACGAUCGUUCCUGCCGCCUCGGAUUGUUGGUUCUCUCGUUCAAGUGCCGGUUCUGUGCGCGGGGUGCAAUUUAUUCGUAUUGCGGUGACAAGUGCCACGAAGCCGUCAGAGGGUAGUCCAGGCUACCAGCGCGCGAGCAGGAUGAUAUGAGCACGCUUGGCAGAUUGAGGAUGUCCUCAAAGAGGAAGUCACCACCAACGAAGCUAUCGGAGGGCGGGGGCGGCACGGGUACAGUGGCAGGCGCCAACGAGGAGGAGGAGGACACGACCUCGUCGGUGACCGGUGGCCCCGGUGGCGAGACAGCCGUCGGCGAAGAGGAUCCCACCACCCCCGUCGGGAUCGAGGAGUGCUACCCUCAUCCGAGGGGCGGUGAUUGCGAGUCGUCCGGGUGUUCGUCACCGGCGACGACCAGCGAGCCCGAUCUCCGGGACUCGCCCUCGCCAUCCUCGAACUCCCUGCGCACCAGCAAGCGACAGAGGAUCGUUGUCGCCGGCCAGGACACGCUUACGCCCUACAACUACCCCCAUCACCACCACCAUCACCACCAUCAUCAUCACCAUCACCACACGAACACAUCGUCUUCGUCCGGUGGUGUCGUGGAACCGGCGAGCUCCUCGGAGUGCGGCUCGCCGCCCACACCCUUAACCGUCGACCCCUACUACCCCGCUCACCCUCAUCACAACAACAACAACAACACCGUCACGCAGAACAACAACAACAACGGCGGCAGCAGCGCCACGCCGGGCGGCAAGAGAUCCAUGGACGACGUGCUGAAGAGGUUAACCUGCAAGAUGAACAGCGAGUCGUUGUCGCUGCAGGACGAUACCAGCAACAACAGGCGGACUACCCCGCCGCCGUCGUCCACCCCCACAGGACACAACGCGCACUGCGGAGGCGUCGCGAGCGUGCCGAACAGCGUGCCGCCUUCACCCCCGGCCUCCGGAAGAAUGCAGAACACCGAAGGACAGGUCCAGCAGGACGGAGCCUCGGCCCUCCACAGGGUCCUCUGCGCGGAAAGCUUCGCGGAAAAGGAACGAAGGCUCUCCGAGAUGAUACUGCAGCUGCAGCUGCUCAGGGAACAAUUGCUGCAACAGCAGGAUCAGUCGAAGACGUAUCCUGCGCACAUGACCGUCGACUCGCAGAAGCAAAUCGAGAUACAGCGGCUGCAAACGGAGCACUUGAAGCGGCAGCAAGAGCACAUCAUGCAGCACAACAUCCAGGAGCUGCAGGCUCAGAUGACAAAGAGCCAGCUGAGCAUGUCGGGGCCGCAAUCCUUGAUGUUCCUGCCGUUUCUCGAACAGCUCAGAGGGGUGGCCGUGCAAUCGCCAAUGCCGCCACCGUCCGCCACGUCGACCGCCACCACCAACAAACAUAUCAAUUCGAUCGCCAAUAUGAUCAGCAGCCAUCGGGAGGGUCCAAGCUGGGCGACGGCGCAUCUGGCGCAGAUGACCACGCAGAUGGAGAAAGAGACGUCGCCGACGCCGAUCUCCUCGGCUGUCGCGCCCACCGCGCCUCCUCUUCAGGACCUCGACGCGCCCCUGAACCUCACCAAGCCGAAAUCCUCGUCCUCGGGGGCCACGGCGUCCUCCUCCUCGCCCGGAAGCGACUCCCACUCGACAGGGGCCGGAAGCAGCGGACAUCAGGAGCAACCCUUGGCAGCGACCGCGCCGAAACUCUUCCCGCCCGGGCUACCGAUGCCACGGAAUUAUUUGACGACGCUUCCGUACGCUGGUUUGCCACCCCACCUCAGCAGCCUAUCCUCUCCGAUGGGCAAGGUGAUGGCCAAAGAGGAGGCCGGUGGACCCGGUGGUUCCGCGGCCGCCGCGGCGGUGGCCGCCGUGGAGAAGCACUUCGCGAUGCACGGGAUUUACGGUCUGCCGCCGAGCGCAGGUGCGAUGCCGCCGUCGCCUCAGACUCAACGACCGAUCAAGCAUUCUGGCUCCCGGGAGGAAGCUGCACAGGAGGAGCAAGACUAUCUCUCGACGCCUCACAUGUGGCGGGAGCAGGGUUACAAGGUACCGGAAGACAUAACGGAAAAAGCGAAAAUGGUGAGACAGCAGAAAAGGGAGAGCGAGAACAAGCCACAUAUCAAGCGGCCUAUGAACGCGUUCAUGGUGUGGGCCAAGGACGAGCGUAGGAAAAUAUUGAAGGCCUGCCCGGAUAUGCACAACUCGAACAUAUCCAAAAUCCUCGGAGCUCGAUGGAAGUCGAUGUCAAACUCCGAGAAGCAGCCGUACUACGAGGAACAGUCGCGGCUGUCGAAGCUGCACAUGGAGAAGCACCCGGACUACAGGUACCGGCCGCGGCCGAAGCGAACGUGCAUCGUGGACGGGAAGAAGAUGCGGAUCUCCGAGUACAAGUCGCUGAUGCGGCAACGGAGGCAGGAAAUGAGGCAGCUCUGGUGUCGCGACAGCGGCCCGGAGAUGGGUUUCCUGUCGCCGGUGGGUUCCGAGAUGGGCGGUCAACACCAUCCUGGGUCGGGGGCAGGACCGUCGGGUCGUCCGUCGGUCUCGCCCCCGGCGACGAUGUUGAACGGCGGCGGCGCCGGGCCUAGCUCCGAUCACUCGUCCUUCUACUAUCCCCAGGACAGUCUGUCGCCGUCGGACAUGAUGAACUUCUCCCCGGAGAACUCGGGUUCGAUCGGUGGCUACGACGCCAGUCCGCGGCAUCACGACGAGGAUUGAACCGUGGCUCCGGGUCAGCCGCCAUGGCCGCCCGGAGCAUCAUCCUCAGCGGCAGCAGCCGCAGCAGCAGCAGCGUCAACGUCGCGACUCGGUCACGAGUUGUUCUGGUAACUGGAGGCGGCGUCCUCGAGGUUCCCGAGCGGUCCAAGAUCUCGGGAACGGUUUUGAGGCGAGAACGAGGAAGGGAACGCGGCCCGGGGCCGCGCAAGCCGCGAUCGUUUCCACGCGCUGAACGGUGAAAAAAAAACUCGUCGAGGAAGAACGUUCAGUCUCGGAGUUGGACCGAGAGCGUUUACGAAAGCCUCGCUCGAGAGGUUGUGAUAUAACGAUUUAUUUCUGUGCCAUCGUACGACGCGCGGUUAGAGGCCCCGCCGCGAAUUGGAGCGGCGAGUCCUCCUUCCUGGAUCCGCCGUCGUGUCGCCCGACGUCCCAUCGCCGCGAUCCGGUGACCGCGAAGGCGUCCUUCUCGUGUCGCGCCCGAAGCCACGGGGGGACGUGUGUGUUGGUGGCCACCCUCCCCGCGUUAUCCGAGGCUGGGUUGCACGGGACACCGGGGAACGUGAGAUCACGAACGGGAGGAUAACGCGCUCAUGCUGUCGCGAGAGAAAAGGAAGACGCGGUGGCAGCGCCGGCAGCAGCAGCAGCAGCAGCAGCGGGGUAAGGGGACGUUCCGAGCGGGCAGGGACACACGGUGUAUUCUGUUCUUCUGUGUAAUCAAAAUUUGCGACCAAGGCGGCGAAAUCCGCCGAACGAUAAGGUCUGAUGUCGCGUGGUUAGGUAACGUGUUCCGAGUACGGGACGCGCGCGAGGGUAUUCGCGACGGCGUCGAUCGGUUCGAUCGGUCUCGCCGGUGUUUGUCCGAACGGAGCUCGAAGCGUACGCGAGUAUAGAAUUAUACAUAAAUAAAUAAAUAAAUAAAUAAAUAAAAAAAUAUAUAUAUACACACAUUAUAUAUAUACACAUACCUGAUUUUUCGUAAGACUGCCAUGUGUGUCACGUGCGCGCGCGGAAGGAUCGAUUCGAUUGCAGUCUCCCGCCGAUGCUCGAUCGGACACGUUCGAUCGCGAGACGAUCGUGACACGUAAUGUAUGCACGUGCGUGCGAGAUACGGUGCGCGGCCAAAAAAGUCUUGUUCCUAUUCCUUCUAGUGUGUGUGUCUGCCUGUGUGUGCGUGUGCGUGUGUCCAACGAUACCGCCAUUCCGGUCGGCCGUGUCGAAUAGAUGAGAAACAAAGAUAAACGUGAAAGGAAGAGAGCGAGAGCGAGAACGAGAGAGAGAGAGAGAGAGUGAGAGAGAGAGAGAGAGAAAUAAGCAAAAAGAAAACGCUGAUCCGUUCUAUCGCAUCUCGCGGCAUCGCGCGCGUUAGAUCGUCCAAUCCAGCGUCCCGCACGGCGGACGGUCCUUUUUCCCGUAUUACACGCAAUCGCUAUAUCCGGUAUUCGCACGAGGACCGGCGGACAGAGAGCGAGAGGAGGCAGGUGGAGUUGCUGUCGCGCGAUUCACCUGCACGUCAAGGUAACCACGUUCGUUCGAUCUAAAAUCACUUAAUAGUACUUAUAGUAUUUUCGACAUUAAUUUAUUCACCCUAAUCGUAACGACGGUUACGGUCGGAUGGAAGUCAACGGGUCGCUCGAAACCACCGACGGAGAUUAACUCCCGCCCGUUCCAUCGAUUUAUAGUCGCUGGAACAAAUAUCGGAAUCGCGCGAAAACUACAGGGCCGCCAGUAAUUUCAGGGUCGAAACGGAGAGAUGGUUUUUGGCCGCUGGAACGUUUAACAGCUCUGGGCGUCCCAAAACGAGCGUGGCUCUCGAACAACAAACCGUUACCCUGUUCGAAGGAACCCAUUUAGCGCGCUUGUAUCCAACGAGGCUUCACAGACUUCUCAAAGAGUUCAAAAGAUCCCUGUGUUUGGUCCAUCGACUAUACAUGACGCGAUUCGCGAUGGGGGGCUGGUGGCCUCUGUGGACUUCCGGUUGAGUUCGCUCCGACUAUAGCCGGGACAGAGUUGAAAUAGUCGAGACUAGUGAUGGGACUGAGACGCGUUUGAAUACUGUCGAAACAUCGACGUUGGAAAUCAAUUACCCUGUAUCGAACCAUCGAAAGAAACGAUCGCAAACGAUUGUUAGACCUGUCGGAACUAUGCGAGUAUCGGUACGUACCAAUUAUUGCGAGUCUGAUACCUGUUUACGAUUCCUAUCAGAAAUAAAGAGACGGUGAUGUGUCCAACGCCAAACCGACCAAUUAUAAAUAUGUCUGCACUUGUCACUCCUCUUCUGCUCGUCCACAAUACCACACUGAUUUCACGCAUCACAUGAAUAUCAUGCAAACAUCACACGCAUCAUACAUACAGAAUAAAAAUAUCACGUAUGCUCUAAUAAACUUUUACUCUUUCCAGCUGAAAUAUUUGAUACAAAACGAUCAUCCAGGUGAACGUUCAUUCGAAAUUAUUCUAAUAGUGUCCAACUGUGAUAUUAUACCAGGCUACAUCGUAAACGAGCACAUCUCACCGAUAUCGAUGACUACUUAUUUCCGACGCAAUGCCUGAAAAUUGAUGGCGUAUCGAUAUUAAUGAGUAUGUCGCUGGAUUGGUUCCAUCACUAGUCGAGACGGCGCGAGUACACUUCAUUCAAACGAUUCUAUCCGUAUGUUUACAUGUUUUAUAGCUUGGCGCGUCAAUGCUGUUAUAGUUUAAUUUCUUAGCGAAAUAAAUCAGAGAUUUACUUUAGUUCUAGCAUAAAAUUAUGAACUUAUGGUUAGAAACAACAUAAAUAAGCCAGCAGACGAAGCGAUCUUGUAAUUAUAAACUCGGAUUCUUUUUAAACGGCUAAUAAUCAAAUUAUUUAUUUAAUUUCAAUUCUUUUGCUUAUUUGUUACACUACGAUCGCUUACGCGUCGUUUUAAUGGCGAUGUAGCAAUCCCAAACUACUUCAAAUUACUGCGUCCGUGCAGUAACAAUUUGCAGACUUCCGAUUGGUAGAACGCGCGUGACUAAUUAAAUUCUACCGAUCGAAAGAAUCGAUUCACGCGUGUCUAUAGUGUCGCGGGUAGAUUCGUUCGAACAAAGUGUACAAGGGCGGCGGAUGAAACACGACAAAGAGAAUAUUCAAAAGAGAAGCAGAAUGCAAAGAGACGAAUCGAGGUAUAGUAACGAAAAGAGGGGUAGGGAACGGGAAGAGUUGUGUAGGGGCACGCGCGGCGUCAGUUUUUAGUACAAUGUUACUGUAUAAAAUUACGGCGAAGAAUUAACGUUAUUUAUUGAAACGACGUGCGAACGAAACGAUGAAAUUCUAACGAGACGUUAUGUUUGUUUUCGAUGUCUGGAACACGCUGUUACGUUUUUUCCACAUUUUUUCAAGUUGCGUUCGCGACCAACCCGGAGAGGGGUCGAAGCUAACUUUGUUUACCGUGUUGGCUCGGUGCUGAGGGAAAAGGGAGUCGGACGAGCACCGAUCGAAAUAGCAAUUAUAGCCAGUCAGAAUAUUAUUGGCACAGGUAAAAACAACAACAGCAACGCGUGAAUUAAGAAGUCAAUAAAAGAUGAUUCGUUUUUUUUUAUCGAAAGGUAGAUAGCUUUGAUCCUUAAUUAACGGAGCCAUAAAAUAAAUCGUAAUGAUUCCUUGCAUAAUUUCACACCCUGACAAUUAGUCAUCCUAGUAGCUCUAUCAAAGUGUUGUCCGUGCCAAUAGCAUUUUGACUCGUUGUAGCUAGGCGUAUAUAAUGUCUCGUGGUUCGAGAAACGUAUCGAAAAACCGGACGGCAAAGAUUGGGAGCUCGAUGUGAUAAUAUUUAUGUGCCAAAUAACGUUU